GAUAUCAUAUUCACGCUACUAAGAUAGAACAAUCAACAGGUUGUGAAGUCGCCUGCACCUGCGGCAACUUGCACUCAGUGCGAUUUUGGUUUUUUUAUUCACUACCGUCCGUCAAGCUAUUUUUGGCAACUUGACCAUUUUAUAUUAUAUUUUCGGUAAUAUCAUUUACCAUCUAUUGAAAAAGGCUUUGAUUCUAAUAUAUACCCAUUUAGGGCAAGACCUCCGCAAGUGUGAUUGGCUAGGAUAAAUCCUUCGAGAACCCCGGGAGCGCCGCCUGUCACAUGACUACUCCAAUUGCCACAGACAUAGACAAAGACAACCUCAAUCCUUUCAGUAUGCUUCUUCUACAAGAUGGUCAAGACAAAGACGCGAAUCAUGCACCUCAGCAGCAGCAGCAACAAGUCUAUUUUUUCCAAUCCAUUAACUCCAACAUUGUCAUCAGGCAACUCCCAUCUCAAGGUCUUUCCUUCCAACUAUGGCCUGCCGCCACCAUUCUCAUCACUCUCCUUGACAACAUCCGUGGCGCAUCAACUCCGCUUUCCGACUUGUUCAAACGUCAAGAAAAAGGGGAUUCACCCCUUCGCAUUCUUGAACUGGGUUCAGGAACAGGUGUUGUAGGGAUAGCUGCUGCUGCAAUUCUUGGUGCUAAGGUUACUGUCACUGAUCUCCCUCAUGUUCUGCCUAAUAUACAGUUUAAUGCUGAUGCGAACUCUAAGGUUUUGGAACAGCAGAGUGGGGUUGUUGAUGUUGCGGCACUUAGCUGGGGGGAGAGCCAGGAUAUGGAGGCUGUUGGUAGAGAUUAUGACCUGAUUUUGGGAUCUGAUGUGGUGUACCAUGAUCACCUCUAUGAUCCUCUGAUUAAAACGCUGAAGUUCUUCCUGUUAGGGGGUGAAAAGAAGAUAGCUUUUGUGAUGGCUCAUUUGAGAAGAUGGAAGAAGGAAUCUGUAUUCUUCAAGAGAGCUAAGAAGCUUUUUGAUGUCCAAAUCAUACAUACAGAGCCUCCAUCUGAUGGGUCUAGGAUUGGGGUGGUUGUGUACCUUUUCACGGGGAAAAGAUAGCCUCAAGAGAGCCACUGUCGUCAACCAACGCUUGAUCUCAGUAUGAAUCUUGUUGUCAUGUUUAACAGUGGGGUUUGCCCAACAAAGAAGUAAAACGCUCUUUGCUUUUACAUGGAAAUACGAACAACAAAGAAAAUUGUGUAUCAUUGCAUAUUAAUUGAACAUUGAGUUGGUACAAACACAGCAUUCAAAGACA